AUGGGUAAGGAAAAGGUUCACAUCAGUAUUGUGGUCAUUGGCCAUGUCGACUCUGGGAAGUCCACUACCACUGGUCAUCUGAUCUACAAGCUUGGAGGCAUUGACAAGCGUGUGAUUGAGAGAUUCGAGAAGGAAGCUGCUGAGAUGAACAAGAGGUCAUUCAAGUAUGCCUGGGUGCUUGAUAAGCUCAAGGCUGAGCGUGAAAGAGGAAUCACAAUUGAUAUUGCCUUGUGGAAGUUUGAGACUACCAGGUACUACUGCACAGUCAUUGAUGCUCCCGGACACAGGGAUUUCAUUAAGAAUAUGAUUACCGGGACAUCCCAAGCUGACUGUGCUGUCCUUAUCAUUGAUUCCACUACUGGUGGUUUUGAAGCUGGUAUUUCUAAGGAUGGACAGACUCGUGAACAUGCUCUUCUGUCAUUCACUCUUGGUGUGAAGCAGAUGAUCUGUUGCUGUAACAAGAUGGAUGCUACUACCCCUAAGUACUCCAAGGCCAGAUAUGAUGAAAUUGUGAAGGAAGUCUCUUCCUACCUGAAGAAAGUGGGAUACAACCCUGACAAGAUUCCUUUUGUUCCAAUUUCUGGUUUCGAGGGAGAUAACAUGAUUGAGAGGUCCACAAACCUCGACUGGUACAAGGGACCUACCUUGCUUGAGGCACUUGACCAGAUCACUGAGCCCAAGAGGCCAUCUGACAAGCCUCUCAGGCUUCCCCUUCAGGAUGUCUACAAGAUUGGAGGAAUCGGAACUGUACCUGUGGGGCGUGUUGAGACUGGUGUCAUCAAACCAGGAAUGGUUGUGACUUUUGCACCAACUGGAUUGACAACUGAAGUUAAGUCCGUGGAGAUGCACCAUGAAGCACUCACCGAGGCUCUCCCUGGUGACAACGUGGGAUUCAAUGUUAAGAAUGUUGCUGUUAAGGAUCUGAAGCGUGGUUAUGUUGCCUCAAACUCCAAGGAUGAUCCUGCAAAGGAGGCUGCUAACUUCACAUCCCAGGUUAUCAUCAUGAACCACCCUGGUCAGAUUGGAAACGGUUAUGCCCCUGUUCUCGACUGCCACACCUCCCACAUUGCUGUCAAGUUUGCUGAACUCAUGACCAAGAUUGACAGGCGAUCUGGCAAAGAGCUCGAGAAGGAGCCUAAGUUCUUGAAGAAUGGUGAUGCUGGUUUCGUGAAGAUGAUUCCAACCAAACCUAUGGUGGUUGAAACAUUCUCUGAGUAUCCCCCACUUGGUCGAUUUGCUGUGAGGGACAUGCGUCAAACUGUUGCUGUGGGAGUCAUCAAGAACGUGGAGAAGAAGGAUCCCAGUGGAGCCAAGGUCACCAAGGCUGCUCAGAAGAAGAAGUGA